UGCGGCUGCGCGCUGUCAGUUUCCGGCCGGGGAUGGAGCGGGUCUCGGUCCGAGCCGCUUGGCCGUGCGGCCUGGGCCGGUUGCGGGUCUCGGUCACUGAGUGCGAUUCGGAUGAUGGAGAGGUCGCUGCCUGUGCAGAACUUGUUACUUUGGAACGGCCUCAAACCAAUACUGUGGAAACUCCAUGUAUACUCUAUCUACGGUUCUCUCCUCAACAACCUGCUGACAUAGUCUUUGUAGAGGUAUGGAGCGAAGCAAGAAUGAUGGAGGUUUACACAGGAGAGUACUGCGGAACAAGCCGUGGCCUAAGACUAGACAACCUACAUUUAAAUGGUGACCAUGAACAAAUCUGCUUAUUUAAGAAGUAUUUUAAGUUGGAUAUUCCUAGUUCAUCCUGUGAACUAAAGCUGCUGUCUUUAGGUGGAAAGGAGAAAGUACGAAUUGGUAAAAUAUUGCUGGGAAUAAAAAAUGCUUCAGUUGGGAUCUCGAGAGGCUUUUCUCCAUUAGGAAAAAGCAUCGACAUGGAACGAGUACAAACGAUGAUGGAUUCAAUGGGAGCAAAGCUGUCACCUGGAGCUCAGCAACUCUUUAGCAUGGUCCAAUUUCAACAGAAGAAUCAAGCAGCAAUAGGUGGACUAUUUCAAGGUCUACUUGGAAGAAAAGAUGUAACAGAAGUUGGAAAAAUUGUGAAUUCACCGCAGAUGUUCACCACACAAUCUGAGGGUGGUGUGAUCUCUUCUCAUGUAUUCAGCAACACUGACCCAUUGCCUAGCUCAAAACUGGAAGAAACAAAGGAUCUUGAAGGAGUAACCAUAUUUAAUGCUGAAUCUACACAAACAAUAGAUGGCUCAGUCUUGCCCAUUGGAGCAAACAAUAAAAAGAGAACUUCUGAUUCUGAAGACAGCACAAAAGAUGUAGAUCAACAAAAAUUUGAGAGAGGAGAUUUGAAAGAGCUUGUAUCAACAUUUCUGUGCAAGCAAAGUAAUGGAGAACCAAAUGUCUUUCGUUCUGAAAUGCUUCCUUUCCUUCGGGACCUUUGUGGUCAGGUGAAUGAACUUCGUUUGGAAGAAAAGGUUAAAGUUACUGAAAAUAGCACAGCCACUGAGGACAGAACCAAUGACGGGCAUUACCAAGAGGCUUUAUGUUCAAAAUUAGAAAAGCACAUUGCUGAACACAUGGAGUCCAUAGAAAGGAGACUGAAGGAUUACAUUGAUUGUCGAAUAAACAUGCUACAAGCUGAUCUUGAUGAAAAGUUUAUUUCACUCACCAAACUGCUUGAAACUAUUGUCUUGAACAGAACUGUAACUAAAAACUACGAGCAUGACACACUUUUAACAAAUGGGGAGCUUUGAUUUUUUUUUUCUUCUCAUCCUUUGAAAGAUUACUGUGAAACUGGUUUAGUUUCAAGAUGCCCUGAAUGUUAUAUUUAGUGCAAGGGUGUCCAAACUAUGACUCUGGCCAUAUAGAUUGAAACUUUGAGCCCAUUAAAUUUGCUGCAGAUAUGAUUCACAGAAUAACACACUCCUAUAUACAGCCAGUAUGCAUGGCAAGUAACCCAGGCAACUCUGCUGCAUUUGUUUGUUGUGACAUUUUAUCUUUGAGUUUUAUGGGCCAGUAAGUUUUGGGAUGGUCACUUCUCAUUUUAUUGUCACACUAAUGGAUGAGUGAUAAACUGUGAUGCUGGAAUGUGUCAAAAAUUUUAGUGGCAAGUUAUUGGGAACAGGAAACUAUAUACGUGGCUCAUGAAUGUCUGGGGAAUGCACUUGAAUGGUCCACAGAAAAGCUUGGACUUGCCCAAUCUAAUGAACACAUCACCAGAAAAUUGAAAUGAAAACUAGAACAUAUAAUUUGUUUCCCUCCUGUAAUGUUUUCAAUUUGUGACAUUUUUGGAUUUAAUGUGUUCUCUGUUUAAAAAAACAAAAUUAUUUGCAGCAAAUACAAAAUUACUAAAAUUCAAAGUUGUCUAGCAAUUGUAUUGUGAUUUUGAGAGAAUGUGUUACUGGUGUUAAAUAUUUUUGAUAUCCUAUCAGUUGUUGUUACUAGUCCCUGGAAUGGUUAAUAUUAAGAAUAUAAAGAGUCCUGAAAUUUGAUUUUUUUUUUGACAUGCUUACCUUGACCUGUUUGGACAUUUGCAGGAGAAACUUAAAACUCCAGGACAAGUAUACUUUAGCGUAACUACUUGAAAUGAUAAAUCAUUAAACGUUAUUUGCUGUCUCA